AUGCAUCUAAUAUUAAUUUUAUUAGCAAUAUUAGUGUAUUGGAGGCUAAGCACAAAACAACACCAAAAUUAUUUCGAAAUACAUUUUAUUAUGAUGAAGAAUACGACAAAGUAUAAUAAUCAAUAUGUUUCAAAAGUAUAUUAAAAUACCCGUUAAAUAAAAGAUAUGGACCCAUGAU